UAAGUUAACGCAUAGAACAGUCGGUCAGAUUGCAAGCGCUUGCUGUCUCUACCAACUAUAAGCCAGGAAGGAGGGGGGGGGGAUGGACCACUUUUGAGUUAUCAGAGACAGAGUAGGUAAGUUAGUGAGUGAGUGCUCAUAACCUGGUUACAAUUAAGUACGGAGUAGUUGACAGGGGCACACAGCACGAUCGGCGGAAUGACGAUGGCUGGCGCUGGGAGGGGGUCCAAGAGGCGAUCUGAUGCAAAGACCCUCUCUGCGUGUGGAUUCCUGGUAUCGGUUAUUGGUGGUGGUGCAUGCAAGAUUCUCCCAGGGUGGGCUGGAUAUUCAUGGAUCCAUUCAUCCAAGUUCAUAGCAAGCAAGAGGAGGAGUCACUUGGUCUUUAGGGAGGGUGGAAGUGCACUGUUGAAUCGGAUAAGUUUAGCUUAGGUCUAGUCCAUAGUCCCGUCUGCACCGGUACCGGUAGUUACUGAGGUGGGUAAAUAGUCCUGUUGCUCUUGGC